AUGGUGCUUCAUCUGUUCUUCUUUGUUGUAGUCAUUCCACAAAUAUCUACUGAUGCACACUGGUCACAGGAAGGCAUGGUUGUUGCUGGAAGCAUUGAGGACAGCGGUGAAGGCAGUAGCGGACACAGUGAUGAAAACAAUUCUCGUCUUUGUCGCGGCGUCCUCUAUAGAGGACGCCGUCAUGGACAAUGCGAAGAAGAUGACAUACAACAGGUUGAAACAAUAAUCGCCGCUACAAAUCGACUAGCCUCGCCCCAUGGUCUUGUCAUUGAUGAUGAGAAUCAAACGAUCAUCAUUGCUGACCGGUCGAAUGAUCGUAUCAUCGAAUGGAAGAUCGGGGAUACUAAUGGACAAGUUGUAGCUGGUGGAAAGGGUAAAGGAUAUGGCCUUAAUCAGUUGAACUCUCCAACUGAUGUGCUCAUCGAUAAAGAGACCAAUAGUCUCAUUAUCUGCAAUUAUGGGAGUCGACAAGUUGUACGAUGGCUACGUCGUGCUGGUACCAGGCGAGGUGAAAUUCUCAUCGCAGAUAUCGCCUGCUGGGGAUUAGCCAUAGAUGAUCAUAGAAAUCUCUAUGUCUCUGAUAUCGACAAUCAUAGAGUAUUACGAUAUUCACUAGAAGACAUAAGGAAUGGCACUGUUGUCGCAGGUGGAAAUAAUCCGUCUGAUGACCUCAGGUCAUUAUACAAUCCGACUUACCUCUGUGUAGAUCAACAACAAGCUGUCUAUGUGUCGGACACAGAGAAUAAUCGUGUCGUGAAAUGGAAUAAAGAUGCACAAGAAGGUGUUUGCGUUGCUGGAGAUGAACUAGAAGGGAGUUCUCCGAACCAAUUAUCGCACCCUGGAGGAAUAUUCGUCGAUACCUUGGGUACUCUCUAUGUGGCAGAUACGCAAAAUGGGCGAAUCAUGCGUUGGCCUCAAAAUAAACCACAAGGAACUACCAUCGUGGGAAAUGGGGACCCAUUGCACUCACCCAUCGGUUUAUCCUUCGAUCAGGAUGGCAACCUCUAUGUCACUCAUAGGCAGGGUGUUCAACGCUUUGACAUCGAAUGA